AUGCCCGCGCAACACACCACCCUCGCGCAGCACGGCGCGCUGCUCCACCCGCACGACAGGAUCCGCCUGCGCGCGUGCCCGGUGCCCGGAUGCGACUUCGUGACGAACCAAGGUCGCGCGCGGUUGGAGAAGCACCUCGCCACGCACGGCAGCGAGAAGCCGUUCAAGUGCGAGCACGAGGGAUGCGGCAAGGCGUUCAAGACGUCGGAACACCUCAAGCAGCACGCGAGGUGCCAC